AUUGGGAGCUCCACCUGAGGCCCCAGUGGCUGCGGCCGCAUGCGUCCGUCACGUCAAGUUCGGCCCCCCCUUCCGUAGCCAUUUUGGCUCAAGUCGACGGGUCAGCAGGUGCGGUCGCAUUUGCCAGCCCCCCCAAAAAACACGUGUUUGGUAUAGAGACGUCUGCCAAGGGGUGAGGUACAUAGAUGCACGCUCGUCAUGCGAGGUGGACCAUCGCUGCAGGAUUCGAAGACGUCAUUUUGGAUGUCCCCGUGGUCGAUGGAACGCACAAUUUAAUGAAGAAGCCGCUGGCGUGCUUGGCGUCGCGAGCCAAGUUCUUCCCAACAAGGAGGCCUCCGCCAUAUUGUCCAAAUAACGGCAUCGCCGUGCGCAGUAUGAUGGAGCAAGGAUUUCUCUUCAAUGUGAUCGCCCGCGUGUUGUCCGACGUCUGCGUGGUCCCCACGGCAGAAGCGGAAACACAGGCGAUUGCGACGUUGUCGUUGGAACGGCACGCAGUCGCAAGUUGUGCCCACUCUUUGUCGGGCCAGCGGGGGUCUAGCAAAGAGGCGGCGGACGCCCAGCUAUUCUACAGAAAGUUCCGGCAGCCUGCAUCGAAUUGGAGUGGAUUCGGGAUGGAUUGCGCGAACGCGUUUCCUAUCGGCCAGUUGGGCAGUCCUACUUGUUCAAUCAAUUCAGUAGGUGCGCACCUGAAGCCUGCAGAGCUUCUGGGCAGUUUGCAGUCGCUAUCGCUGAACCGCGUUGGUUCUGAUGCACUAACAGUUCCCAGACUUCGCUCGCAUCGAGAUCUGGUCAAAAGCACUAGUAGCCCUUGUGCGUUCGUGGUUGCCAAGGGUCAGCAAGGCUACCGAGCUGCACGGCCUGGUCACGUUGUUCUUUCUCCUGCAACGAAUGCGAGAAUAUCGCCGAUCAAGUUUGACAAGUAUUCUGCCCCUCAUGCGACCCGCCAUGCAGAUUGUGAUCACCCGCUCAUGGCUUGCACUUUGUUGGACACGUUGAGUUCUUUGUCGGGCAAGAGGAGCAUGACCCUCAGUCAGUGCAGUCAUUUGUUCGUGCACAUGCGUAUAGGAGACGCAUGGUCAGGCAGUUAUCCAGCCAACGCAGGCUUGCACCAGGGCAGCGCAACGAUCUGAUAGAGAUCUCCAAGCCGUUUGCCAUCGGUCAUUGCGCAACCGCGCGUGCGAACAGCGUCAGUCAAUUGUUGCGUCACCGCCGUCCACAAUCUUCAACUUCCCACACGCAUUUUUUUGAGGGCGCUGCGUAUGACAAAGUUGUUCAUCUGCGCCUCCGAGAGAACCAAACGUGUACAUCGAGCUGUGCAUUGAUGGACAGGACCGCCCUCCUCACCCUUGAUCAGGUCGGCUUGCACGCGCUGGCAACUUGCGUGUUGGAUUCAGGGCUAAUUUCUGAGACGUGUUUGAUUGGCCAUUCGAUGGGGGGUUGGGUCCUGCAGCGAGCAUCCCCUCUGUUGCAAAUGUCCUGCGGAUGUGUACGAGGAGGGUUCUUCUUGGAUAGUCGCUUGCAGUAUCCUCGUUUGAUUUCCGACGAUGACGUCGGACUUACCCUUAGAAGAAAACUUGACUUGCAGUUCCCUAGGCAUGCAGGAGCCUGCUGGCUGCUUGGUUGUCAAUCUACAGGAUGCUUCAGGAUAGCCACGCCUCAUACGGAGUUGCACACUUCGGAGCAUUUUUUCAAUGCAGCUCAUGUGACUGUUGCUGAUAUCAUUACGCACUUGGCAUUACUUACCGAACUUCCGAAUACGAAAUGCUUUGGCUCUGCCAGUCACAGCUGGGUUAUGAUACAAUGUUUUGUUGAUGCCUCAUUGGUGAUUCGACCGUACACGAGAUCAUAGACUUGUGUUUUGGACUCCCUUGUCGUCAGCCCGUUGCCAACAACAGUUUAAAGUGAUUGACCCGUGAAAUGGAGUUCCGAUUGUCACCAGAAGGGACAGCAAGUUUCUAUGUUGUACAUGUUACAUAGGCGUUAUCGUUUCGCGAUGUCUCAAUUUAUUAUGUACACGAAUAUGCAAAUAGCACCCCUACACGCUUUUGGCAUGCAACGCACGUACCCUUCGCUUUCUCGUGCGCCUUAACAGUCGUUGCUUUAUUUCCCUCAUGGACGGCACAUACAUUCUUCCACCUGCGUUAUCAUCCACAGCCGGAGCCAUGGCCAUGGAGGACGCAAUUGGGUUGGCAGCUAAGUAUAAGAGUUUCACGGCCAAGUAUGGCAAGGCACAGCGCAUGUUUCACGUCUGCGUGUAGGCCUGUCACGGUAUUUGGUCAGAGUCGUCGGAAAGACAAAAAACAUCAAGUUCGGCCCCCUACCCGGGCACAUCCUGGCACG